GAAUACACACGACACUGCUUUGUGAAUUGAAAAUUCGCAGCCAGCAUCAGCCAAAAUUUGAUUCUUGUUCGACUCUGACUUCCUUCUCUGCUUGGUUUCACACAGCAUACUAAUUCAUAUCAAUCAAGACGGGGGUGAACGUUUGAACGUCCAUCUCCAUGGCGCCUUUCUCAGCGCUAGAUGGUGGUAUAUCUAGCACGAACUCCAUCAUUAUACAUUCACCAAGUUUUUCACUCACUCACAUCAUCCCUCGAACAUGACCAUAAUAUUCAAUGCUCCCCGCUGGUGGCCAGUAAUCGAUUUCAAUCGUAAUUUCAGCUACUUCAUAGGUUCGUGGGGAGCCAGGCAGAUGCUGUCCGUGACGCCUCGAUCUAAUCUUGAUACAGUUGCCUCCUCUGCUGCAGUGAUAUAUGAUUGGGCACUUACAUUCGGGCAAGAGCUCGAACUGGUCUGGAAUCGUCGCUGGUCUUUCAUGACAGUCCUAUAUAUCGGCGUGCGCUACAUGGGAAUAGUAUACAUUAUCAUCAACAUGCUGCAAACUCUUCCGACAGUCUCGUUGACAAAACCAGUGAGCAACGUUAUGUACUCCGUACUAAAUUGGAUAGGUGUGGCGGUAAAUGCUAUGUUAGGUGCGAUCAUGAUCACUCGUUUGUAUGCCAUGCAUCAGCGAUCCAGAAACGUGCUUGUCUUUCUCACUGUAAUCUUCACGGCUGUCACAAUUGUAUGCGGCGUAAUGGCUGCAAUUAUAAACAGGCAUACUAAAGCAAAGGAGCUCAUCCUCUCCGGCACCUAUCAGUGCACUAACUAUGACAAUGAAGCAGACGCCCUGAUUCUACUUUCCAUGACAUGGAUACUCUCCACUGUAUGGGAAGUCCUUGCACUGUGUCUUGCAACCUGGAUUGCUGUAAAACACUUCCGUGAACUGCAACGACCAUCGAGGGGAUGGACAAUUGGGGAUUGUUUUACAGCGUUAAUACAGACUCAUAUCGUCUACUUCGCAAGCUUUGCUGCUGUUUCUUGUUUCAGUCUCGGUUUUUUGUCUCCACAGCUCCUGGCGAACUCACUUGCUGUGGGAGCUCAGAUCUAUGAUGGUGUUCGUCAAAUUCUCUCGGUCAUACAGAUGUUUGUGCUGGGACCACGCCUCAUCCUUAGUGUUCGACAAUAUCAUACAAAAAUCAUGGACAACUCUGAUGCGGAGGCGGAUAUGAUUUCAAUAGCUUUCCAGGAGCGCACAGUUGUGUCAACUGAACUUUAAUACAGUUACUCCUCCAUGCUUUCUCUGUCUCGAUGAC